GCUUCACAACAACUUUCGAAACUCAUCAAGGAAAAAUAAAGGUCAAACAAAGACUUUCAACCGCUUCAAGAACAUGUACGCCAUGUUCUUUGCACUCCUUUUCGCAUUGCUCUCUUCUCUCGCGCAGGCCGCAGAGCACAACUCUACCCUCGUCCACACCGCGUCAAACUACACCAUGCCCGCCGCAAAGGCCAUGGAGACUCCCGAGGGCGGCGUGGAAGACAUUACUCCCGCGAAAAACACCCAAGUAAUCAUGGGUGGAAUAAUCGUCGGCCUGAUUGUCAUCGCUGGCCUGAUCAGCAUUUGCUUCGCCACAUACCAGCGCCGACGCGAUGCUAAGCGUGGUAUCUGCCACGCUGAGGGCCAGCCUGCUGAGCAGGCUUAA